GUGCUCACUGCCACGACUUCCUCAGGAGAAGAGGGCUCUGUAAACCAGUCGGCGUCAGGAACAUCCUCCGAGGGAACUCAAAGUGUUCAUGGCGCUUCUUCGUCUGAUUUUAACCCAACAGUGGGUACAGGAGCUGGAGGUAAAACGCAGGAAGAUGAACCACACAAAACUCCUGCGGGUAAUGUCAACGCAGCAGAUGCAAACGCUCCUACAACUAUGGGCGAGGGACGAGAGGGACCCGCAGUGAAUCUUGAGGCAAGCGCGCGCUCUGGUGGGAAUGGGGAGACGGCGGGAGGAAAGAACGGGCAGGAAGAGAAGCAGAUCCAUCCACACGACGGGGAAGCCAAUGCCACGGCACUCAGCAGCAGCCUCGGAAAUGCGUCGCAGGGAAAUAACAACGAUGCUGGCACCAUGCGUGAGAGCGGAAUGGUGCUGCCGCUGCUGCUUCUGUUGGGACUGUGGGGGUUUGCGGCUCUGUGA